AUGGCCUCCAUCUACGAACUCAACCAGCCUACCAAUCCGUUUUGGGACUUUGUCAACGGCAAUCUAGAGAACCAUCCUUUCUUUGCUCCUCACGGCCACCGUGGACACCACGGUCAUCGUGGCCGUCGUGCAUGGGAUAACGCCCGACAGAGUGACAACACCACCCGGGGUGCUCAAUCAGGCAAAGCCACAGAACCCAACGAUAACAUAAGGAAAGAUGAAACAUCAGCAUCGGACUCAGACUCUCCCGACAACCACCGCCGCCACGGCCAUAGCGGAAAGUGCAAGAACAAGGCCCAUGGAGGUCCCGGUCACCAUGGACCAGGCCCUUUCCGCGGCAAGGGCGGCAAGGGGAAACAUGGCCAUGGCCAUCACGCUGGGCCUUAUGAUUUCCACAGUUACGGCCAUGACCACUACCAAGGCACCGCCUUCGGGGGCCAUGGGCAUGGAUAUGGACACGAACACGGACUCUACACUUAUCCAUACAACUUCCCCGGUCAUCACCACAACGCUGGACCCUUUGAUUUUGGCCCCCGUGGACAAGGUCAUCACCACAAAGGAGGCCUCGGUGGCCGUGGCAGACAACAUGCCGGGCCUCCUUUCGGCAGUCCAUUCGAGUUCCUGCGCCAGCUCGGUGCAGGACUUGGUUUCCCCAUGAACGGGCCCACUGCAGAAGGUGUUGACUUCACGCCCUCCGUUGACGUCUUCGACUGCCCCGACAAGUAUAUUGUGCAUAUCUCACUGCCCGGAGCUAAGAAGAACGACCUUAGCCUUGACUAUGACACUGAUGAGUCCGUUCUGCAUUUGGCGGGUGUCGUUUACCGGCCCGGUGUCAAUGAGGAUCUGCACCAGGCUCUUGUAAUGGAAGAGCGGGGUCAGCACGUUGGUGUAUUUGAACGCGAGGUUCGUCUUGGGACCCGUGUUGCCCCAGCUUUUGUUAUUGUUGAUCAGAUCUCGGCAAAGCUGGAGGAUGGUAUUUUGAACGUUACUUUGCCAAAAGUUGUUCAGCAUCCUGAGGUUGGGAAAAAGAAGGUUUUUGUGGAGGAUGGUGAUUUGGAGAAUGAAAAGGAGGCCUUGGUCGUGGAUGAGAAGACUUUCACUCCGGUGGAGUCCGAAGGGAGCGAUGUUGAAGACGGUGAGGCGAGGGAGUUUGUCAAGGUUCUUGUGCAGUAA